AUGAUUGAAAACAUUGAUUGUGAGGCGAUUUGUGCCAUGACAGAAGAUGAUUUGAAAGAAAUCAUUCCAGCCUAUGGUGAUAGAAUAGCCGUUAAGAAUUUUGCAAAGAAAAAUUCAUCAUCUACGAAACAAAGUCUGAUUGAGAAACUGAAAGCCAAAUUCGACAGUAAACCUCAAAAAAAGUAUUCGCGAAAAACUCAAAUAUCGACCGAAAGUAUUACUAAACCGACUAGAAUUAUUGAAAUAGGAUGGCUUUGUAUGCAUGACGAAGAAAACAGAUAUCGACAAGUAAGGACACUCCAAGGAGGUGGUACCAGACGUGUAACAAUUGACAAAACUAGCCGAUGUACCGACGUUCUGGAAAUGUCAAAAAAUCUCUUCUUUCCCGAGGGUGUUUCAACGAAGGGACCAAUCACUGAUUUCAAGGUUGAAUUGGUCGAUUAUAAAAGUCACAAAUUCGAUGAAAACCUCACAGUUCAAGAAAUGUAUGAACUGUCAGCUCUGGGAACACUACGGUUUUAUUUAGCGACCAUCUACACUGGUAAGGAUGGAAGAACAGUACUUAAGGAUGAUGAUUUCAUUCCAGCGACAAUUUCUACGCGACGAAGUGCCAGAUUAGACAUGAGAGCCUCAACGAGUUCCGAAACAUCAUUCACAAUAGCGGAAACUAGUCGAGGAGAAGCUAGUAGUUUUUUGAGCAGCUUCACUCCAUUAUUUGAUGAAGAUUUUGCAGCAAUUUCGUCAACUGGUGAGGAGUUUGUUGAAGAUAGUAACCUUUUCGAAUUUUCUGAACCAGCCACUUUUGAAAUAACAAAGGAAAUCAACACGUUGAUAUUACACCGUGGAAAUAUCUUCGAAGAGCUCAUUAAUUCUGUAAAGAUUCAUGGUUAUGAAGAUUUCAAGAAUAUCAAAAUAGAAAUGAUUUUACCAAACGGAAAUUUAGAAAUUGCUGAAGAUGUCGGUGGCGUUCUUAGGGAUACUCUUACCGAAUUUUGGGAAUCAUUUUAUGAAAAAUGUAGUGUAGGCACGCAUUUAAAAAUACCUUACCUAAGACAUGACUCUCAAGAGCAAGAAUGGAGGGCAAUUGGAAAAAUUUUAGCAAAUGGUUACUCGACCGUAGGCUAUUUUCCGAUUGAAAUUGCCCCAGUUUUUAUGAUGGAUUGUUUUGGAAUGGAAAUAGACGAAGAAGACAUUUUUCUUAAUUUCCUCAAGUAUAUCUGCGAUACGGAGGCUGAAAUAGUUAAGGAGGCCAUCAAUAGCUUUGACACAAUCGAUAUGGAGGAGUUAUUGGAAAUAUGUUCCAAUUAUGGAUGUAAAUGGCAACCAACUAAAGAUAAUGUUAAAAAGUUAUUCAACCAAAUUGCUGCAGAGGAGUUGAUCCAGAAGCCAGCAUUUGUCAAAAAUUGUUUCGUACCAGAACUCAAGAAGAUUUCUUCGGAAAUUGAUCUCAAAAACGUAUACAAACAACUUGAACCCUCUGUGAAAAAUAUACUAACUUUAAUCGAGAGUAACAAAGACAUAUCGGAAGCCGAGUCCGAAAUUAUGAAAUUUCUCAGAAAAUUCGUAAAAGAGUCUGAUGAAAAAACAAGAUGUUCCUUUCUAAGAUAUUGUACUGGAUCUGAUCUUCCGACUCGUCAAAUUUCUAUCCAAUUCAAUGAUUUAGACGGCGUUGAGAGGGUGCCAGUAGCACAUACAUGCACCGGUCUUUUGGAAUUAUCCAGAUCAUACGAAAAUUAUGUGACUUUCCGUUCUGAAUUUCACUCUUUACUUAGUUCACGAAUAUGGGUUAUGGACUUGGUGUAGACAUAUUCCAUAUUCUUAUAUUUUUAUGGAAGAUAAAUGUUAUGUUAGUUAGGUACUUGCCAUUAGGAAUGUGAUUUUAUUUUGUGAUUUUAAAAUACAGGUGCAGUUUGACUUGAAGCAUUCAGGAAGUAAGUAAUCCAAUGAGAUGUAAUCCAGUUAGGGACAGUAAAUUCACAAAUUAUUUGAAAAUUGUAGAAAACUUAUUCUUGUGUACUAUAUAGGCUUCAAUACGUAACGGGCACGAAAUGACAUAAUGAAAACAAGCUGCCUUUGAUUUUCAAUAAAGUGGGUUAUCAAAUUUUUCAGUCAAAGCAUCAGUUUCAUUGAAAUUUUUCAUCAAAAUUUUAUUCACUCAAGCUUAUGGACGUUUAUUCCUGAUGAUGACAAUGAACAUUGUCCAAAUAUUUCAACAGGUGUUAUACUUCCUGCAUAAUGCUAACCUGAUUAGGGAUGAAGCUAAGCUUUUAUUUAACCUAUUAGCUACCCCUUAUAUUAUUAUAUAAACUGUGUGCACUUCGUACCUUUAUUGAAAUGUUUUU